AUGACGCAUUCACUCAGCGGAGAUGCUCGCACGGACGAAAAAUGCCUCUUCGUUGAGAGCAGAAUAGAAUCGGGCGGCUACAUCACCAUCAUCGCGGAGUCAUUCCGCAGAAGCUACGUGAUCAUCCGCCCUCUCUUGACGACACUAGCGGAGGCCAUCUCGCGGCCCUCGCUGAUGCAUGAGUACCGUCUGACCCCGUUCUCUCUCGGCGCCGCCGUGUCAAACGGGAUCGACGCUGCUGAGGCGACCGCCUUCUUGGAGACCUACGCUUACGGACUUGCAGAGAGCAGUGAAAGACGGAAACUUGUGCGCCAGUUCAUUGAAUCCUGCAUGACGUGCUACAACCUUGCCCGCAUCAUUAUCGAUUCGGAUAGGACCCUCGUGCAGUGCAAGAACGAGGAGACGGCUCAGAUGCUGCUACGCGACGCCGUGAUCGCGUCGGUGGCCGCAACGCCGCUUCGCAUAUUUUACGAGGAGAGCUCUUGGGACGAGAACCCAGCGCCUUACCCUUCGUUUCUGCUGCAGAGCAGGGUGAUGUCAAAGGUGGUGGCCGCCCAAUGCGUGGUGCUCGGCCUCCCUAUUCAGCAGCAGUACGACUUCGAGAAAGACACAUCAGUUCGCACGGCGCACAUCUCGCUGCGCACGCAGACAAAGCCGCGCCGAUAUCAGAUUGAGGCGGUGGAUGCCGCCAUCCACGACGGUACCCUCAACAGCGGAUGCCUCCUACUCCCCUGCGGUGCUGGAAAGACGCUACUGGGCAUCAUGCUCAUGUGCAAGGUGAAGAAGCCGACGCUGGUCGUGUGCGCCGGCGGUGUCAGUGUUGAGCAGUGGAAGAGCCAAAUUCUCGACUAUGCCGUAUUGGAAGCACCACCGCCGACGGAUGACGGCGAUGCCGCAGACGCUCAUGGCGGUCGUCCCCACCAAAUCAAAAACGGCGCUGCCCGCAUCGCGUGCCUGACGGGCAAGCAGAAGGAUCCCAUCACCGAGGAAACGGACGUUGUGCUGACAACGUACAGCAUGCUGGUCACGGCCCACAAGGCCAAAAUGCGCCAACAAGCAACAGCAAUAUCCAGCGAGGACGGCCUGUUCACGGGACGUGGUCUACGCAAGCGGAAAGAGAACCCCAAAGAGAAGCUCUUCGCUCCGUAUGGCCUGCUGAUUCUGGAUGAGGUACACGUGAUGCCAGCGGAGAGCUUUCGUGAGAGUCUCGGCUUCGUUGACGCCAAAGGCGUCGUCGGCCUCACCGCCACCUACGUGCGCGAAGAUCACAAGAUCCUCGACCUCUUCCACCUCGUCGGGCCGAAGCUGUACGACAUUUCUAUGGAGACCCUUGCCUCACAGGGGUACCUCUCCAAGGUUCACUGCGUCGAGGUGCGCACACCGAUGACGAAGGAGUUUGGGCUCGAGUACAUGGACCGCAGCAGCAAAGCGGCACGGGCGGGGAAGGCGCCGGCGCUGGUGAUGCUGGCUGCGGCGAACCCGAACAAAAUGAUGUGCGUACGGGAACUUGUGUGGCAACAUCUCGACGCCGGCGCCAAAAUCCUUCUCUGCUGCGACCACAUCAUGCUCCUGAAGGAGUAUGGGGAACUGCUGAACGCACCGGUGAUAUGCGGCAGUACGCAGCACAAGGAGCGACUGAUGAUCUUCUCCGACUUCCAGAGCACUUCGAAGAUUAACGUGAUAUGCGUCUCGCGCGUUGGCGACGUGAGCGUGAAUCUGCCCAACGCAAAUGUCGUGAUUCAGGUGUCCAGCCACGGCGGCAGCCGCCGUCAGGAAGCCCAGCGACUAGGCCGUAUCCUGCGGCCAAAGGAGCGCGCCGCGAACGGGAGGACGGUGGAUGCGUGGUUCUACUCGAUCAUCAGCAUGGACACCGUCGAAAUGAACUACGCGGCUCACCGCACCGCCUUCCUCGUUGACCAAGGGUACGCGUGCCGCGUCAUGGAGUACAACCCUUUCGCAUCAUCGGUCAACACCGCUUUAGGAGGCGUGAAGGAGCAGGUGAAGAAGCAUCGGGUUGGCGACGUAGUGAGCAUCAAGCAGGAGUCUUUAUACGAGACGCUGCACCAGUCAAGCGUGUUGCGGCCGCGAUCGGGCGAACGCUCCGGGUGCGGUGCCGACGCUGGCGACUGUCGCACCGAGUCGCUCUCGUAUCAGCUCGAGCUGCUUUCAAAGGUGGUCUCCAGCUGGGAAAUCGAAUUUCAGCAGGAGUGUCGCAAGCGCCGCCGCACCGCCGUGAGGGACGCCGACGACAACGCCGCUGACGAGACGGGCAGCGCUGACGACGUGGUGGAGGCUCGACCGAUUCGCACCUAUGCCGCUAUCAAAAGUGAGUGGAGGGGUGGUGCUGACUCCGCGAACCGUGUCACAGCGCUACGCGACCUCGUUGGUGUCGAUGAUGGAUUUGUGUACCACGAACUCUAG